AUGUGUGAUGAAUUUAUCUCGCUUACAGAUCACCCACUUCCGACGGGCAUACCCACAUAUGGACAACAUCCCGAUCCCCAUACCCUCCCAUCUGCUGCCGCAAGCCUUGAUUACACAGUGAACAGCCUUCUCCUCUCCUCUCUGGCCCCUUCCACCUUGCGUGCCUACCGUGGGUCCUGGCAGCAACUCCGUGCCUUCACUCUAGAACACACCGGACAGGACACCUGUCUCCCAGUUUCUACUAAACUAAUAUCACGCUUCAUAGCAUCAUUGCACCAGAAAGGAUUUGCACCAGCAACCAUAACCUCCAAAUUAUCCGCAGUCAGCUUUGUUCAUAAACUCCUCAGUCUCCCAGACCCGACACAGUCCUUUGUCACCCAAAAAUUGCUACUAGCAAUCCGGAAAAACCGUAUUCCAGACAGCUGGCUUCCGAUCUCACCCUCUAUUUUGAAGGCGCUCAUAGAUUCCUUACCUACCCUGAUUGCCCCCAACUAUGACCAGAUACUGUUCAAAGCCAUGUAUCUAUUCGCUUUCUAUGCAAUGACCCGCAUCUGUGAAAUCACUGUAACAUCUGAUUCACAGCAUACGCUACAACUCGCCAACUUGCAUUUCCGCCCUUCCCCUAACGCUCCAAUCACAGUGACCUUCACCACUUAUAAACACAGCAAACCCGGACGCCCUGCUACAAUAGCUAUCCAGCCCCAGCCGGGAAGCAAGUACUGCCCUGUGGCCAGCAUGCAGGAUUACCUCUCACUUCGGGGGAACUGUGUAGGUUGCCUGUUCCUCCGUAGUGACGGUUUUCCUGUCCCUAAAGACUGCUUCGCCAAAACCCUCAAAACCUGCCUCACAUAUUUAGGUCUAAACGCGCAGAACAUAACGCCACAUUCUUUCCGAAUCGGCGGAGCAACUCACGCCGCACAGCACGGAGUUCCAGAAGCCCUGCUGCGAUCGAUAGGCAGGUGGUCCUCCUCCGCUUACAUACAAUACAUCCGACCUUAAACAACACUGCACAGCGUUACACUACCAUGACCAUCACACGGUUUGCCUUUACACGUCUUACCUUUACCCCGAACUAUUUUAUUUGCUUCUCUGUACGAUUACCGCAACGGCCCCUGUUUUGACUAUUCUUAUGUGUCGAUUACCGCAACGGCCCCUGUUUUGAUCUUAUGUGAUUUCUUAUAUGUCACACAUUGUAACGAGGUUCUACUCAAUGUUCCUACGUGCUACAGCUAGGUUUAACACCAUGCUCGA